UUUAAAAUGAAGCUCUAACAAACAAUGAAUGAAAUAUCUAGUAUUGGUAGCGAUAUUUCUGUAGACAGCCUGGAAGAGGACUUAAGAAAGAAAUCGUCGAUACAACACAAGAGAUCCGAAGAAAAUGUUGAUACAAUAUUAGUACCUUUUUACGAAAAGGAUGUACUUAUCAAAGUACCGAAACAUAGUAAAGAUAAACAUAAUUCAAAAAAUCACAUCAAAAAGGAAGAAUCGAAAAGCUUUCUAAUUAACAAGGAGUUGAAGAAGUCUAAAAAGGCUAGUUACUUGGAUAUAUUUCGUAAACAGUUUAGCAAUACACAUGAAGGUAAGAAAAAAAAGAAAGAUGAAGCAGUUCGUUCUGUGUCGCCACAAGUAGGUGAUACUGAUAGAGGAAGUCUAAGUUUCGACGGAGAGGUUGUCGAAGAACCAGAUUUUUAUAAUACUGAAGUGUAUAAUGAAAUGUAUUACGAGAAACUUAUAAAACAAGAUAUGGAUUAUUACUUAGAUAACUCGUCAGAGGAGUUACAGUAUGCCGAAGAUUUAAAUUUGCAAACACUUGAUGCUUCUGAUAAUAAUCUUAAGAGUGUUUCCGAAAUAUCACAACCCCGACGACAUGUUAGGAGAGCCACCACUCAAGCGGUACAAACAGUAAAACUAGGAGGCUUAGGGCCAGACAUGGAAAAUCUUCGACCAAGGUUAGAAAGAGCUAGAAGCCUGCAACGUUACUCUGAAAAAAUUAGAAUGGAAAAUCGACUAAAAAUAUAUAAGCAAUCAGUUGAAGAAGAACGUCAACGGAAAUCUGAACAGGAGCAAGCUCGUCAAAAACAGAAUUCAGCGAGAAAGAAAGAUAAGAAAGAGGAUUGUCAUGACUCGUAUUUAAUUAACAAAUCUCAAAAGCAAAAGUCGACUCUCAUUACAAGAAUUUAUAGCUCAAAGAAGCCGUCUGAUAAAUUGAAAAAAGAAAAAGAUAACAUUGUAACUAAUGAAGAACAAAACGCACAAGCAGUAGAUAAAACUAUGUCACAAGAACAACCGAAAAAUACUAGAUGUAUAGAGAAGGCAAGAGUAAGGUCAUCUAAGCAGACUAAAUGUAUAAAUACAGAACAUGGUAAUAGGAGUGUCACGCCAUUGGAAAUAAAUUUCUCAGUCACAGUCGGUGAAGGAUUUCGACCGUCCAGUGCAUUACGAACACUGGAAGAAAAACAUAAACAAUACCAGGAACGAAUUAGAACAUUCACAACUAAUUUUAAAAAUUAUUAAAUUUUGUUUUUGUACUUAA